GGGUAGUACGCGGUUUGGGACAGAGCCUGAAUGUUCCAUAUGAGGCCUGUGUGUGAACAAGUCAUGGAAAAUGGCGACUGCAGAACCGGAAGUAAUAUUGAAUCCAUCAAAGACUGAAGAGGAGAACUCAGAAGAGACAAGCCAGGAGAUUGUCAGCCCUGAGUGUUAUAUCAAACAUCCAUUACAAAACAGAUGGUCUUUAUGGUUCUUUAAAAAUGACAAGAGCAAAACAUGGCAAGCCAACCUGCGACUGAUUUCCAAGUUUGACACAGUAGAGGAUUUUUGGGCGCUUUAUAACCACAUUCAGCUGUCCAGUAAUUUGAUGUCUGGUUGUGACUAUUCACUGUUCAAGGACGGCAUUGAACCCAUGUGGGAGGAUGAGAGAAAUAAGAAAGGAGGGCGCUGGCUCAUCACCCUCAACAAGCAACAGAGGAAACUCGACUUGGACCGUUUUUGGCUGGAAACUAUGCUUUGCCUCAUAGGAGAAGCUUUUGAUGACUACAGUGAUGAUGUGUGCGGUGCUGUAGUCAACAUCCGAACAAAAGGAGAUAAAAUUGCUGUCUGGACAACCGAUUAUGAGAACAAAGAUGCAGUAACGCACAUAGGGAGGGUGUAUAAGGAACGGUUAGGAAUCCCUAUGAAGAUGACCAUUGGCUAUCAGUCUCAUGCUGACACAGCCACUAAGAGUGGCUCAACUACCAAGAACAAGUUUGUGGUCUGAAAUUCUGAGCCUGACUUUUCUCUCUCUCUCCCCCUCCCUCCUUCCUUUGUCUCUCCCCUUCUCUUUCUCAUGCACUUUGCCUUUCUGCCCUGAACCAAAGCUUCAAAUUAACAGGUUGUUGCUCAAAAUACCACAAAUCCUCUGAGCUCCAACAGGAAUCUUUAACUCCCCCACACGUACACCUUUAAGGAAAACACCUGACAAAGUACCAUUCACCUCAUUACUCACCAGCUCAGCAUGUAAUACACUACAAGUGUUAACUCAAGCAAAUCAAAUCCAGCUGAGCAAAAACAACAAAGCAUUAUGAUGUAGACUCAAAUCCCAAAUAUAUUGACAGUCGCAUCAAAAAUGACUCGAACAAACUUGCAUAUUCAUUGUUAAACAGGACUCCGAGAUUGUAAAAUAUUUGAUGUGUUCCUUUUUAAACAGAUGUGUUGAAUUAUUUAAUGGCUGAGGAAAGGAAAUAUCUGUGUGCCCUUAUCCAGCAGCCUUGCUGCAAUAGUGCCUAAUGAACACAUUAAUUUAUUCAGAUUUUAUCUUAACAUUUCAUGAAGGUGGUAUAAAGCCCCCCAUGUAAUCAAGCAAAUCUUCAAAAGGCUGCCUUAUUUCUUUCGGCAUUAACAUUAUUAAAUUUGGGGUUUUGCAAUUCAGUAUGUGUUUUUUAUUAUUAUUAUUAUUAUUAUUAUUAUUAUUAUUUUUAAUUUUACAUUCCUUGUUAAUGGUAGCAUAUAGGACUUUACUGUAAUAGAUGAUUUAUUGUCUGAAUGUAAUUGGUUUUAACUUGAUACAACCUCGGCCAUACAUUAUCACUAGGUCUUUAAAUAAAAUAGAUUUAUGUGGA